CCCAUUGGGAGAAACCCUUCAGUACUUCAUAUACAAAACAGGAGGAUUUUUUUGUGGAUAAGAAAACAUCUGUAAAAGUUGACAUGAUGUAUCGAAAGGGUUACUACAGAAAUUACUUUGAUGAAGAGCUGUCCUGUUGGCUGGUUCAGAUACCUUACAAUGGAAACGCUGCAGCAUUAUUUGUUUUGCCUGAUGAAGGAAAGAUGAAGCAGGUGGAAGAUGCUCUCUUGAAAAGGACUGUAUCUAAAUGGGAAAAGUUGCUCCAAGAAAGAAAGAUACAUCUGCACAUCCCCAAAUUUUCUAUUUCUGGUACCUAUGAUGUGAAAAGGAUAGUCAAAGAAGUGGGUAUGAUUGAUCUAUUCACUGAACAAGCUGAUCUGUCAGGGAUUACUGAGGAGCCUGGACUGAUGGUUUCAAAAGUGAUCCACAGAGCUAUGCUGAAUGUUCAUGAGAAUGGCACUGAAGCUGCAGGGGCCACAGUGAAGGAGAUUACCUGGAGAUCUGGUGAUUUUCCUCAUCCACGUCGAGUCAGAUUCAACAGGCCCUUUCUCCUGGUGAUUCUAGAUAAAUACACCUGCACCAUUCUCUUCAUAGGGAAAAUUGUAAACCCUCUACAAAAUGACUGA